AGGAGAGACGGGGGUCCCGCCCCAUGGGUUCCGUGAGGGAUUCCAGCACCGGACCCUCCACUCCUCUCACGGGGUCUCUGCGCGGCGGGCGCGGCAGGUGUGGGGACAUGACCGGGGACAUGCGGGCCCUGCUGUGCCUCUGGCUGGUGGCCCAGGUGGCCCAGGUGGCCCUGUCCUCCCGGGUCCGCACCCGCCGGGAGCUGGGGCCCGGGUUGUACCAGCACGGCGUCUACGACGCGGGCGGCUCCUACUGCCAGCGGCGGGACGUCUGCUGCCACGGCCGCGACGACGGCUGCACCGUGCCCUACCACGACACCCUCUGCUACUGCGACCUCUUCUGCAACCGCACCGUGUCCGACUGCUGCCCCGACUUCUGGGAAUACUGCCUGGGCAUCCCGGCGCCCUUCCCCAAAGCCCCAGGCUGUGCCCGUGCCGGACUCAAUUAUCCCACGGGAGCCACGUACCGGGAGAAUUGCAACCUGUGCACCUGCGGGCCGGGCGGGCAGUGGCAGUGCGAGGACCACGCCUGCCUGAUGGAUGGGGAGCUAAUCGAUGCCAUCAACCGGGGCAAUUACGGCUGGAGAGCCGCCAACUACAGCCAGUUCUGGGGGAUGACCCUGGAGGAUGGGAUCCGGCACCGCCUGGGCACCUUCCGUCCCUCUCCCACCGUCAUGAACAUGAACGAGAUGCACAUGAACAUGGACUCCAACGAGGUGCUGCCGCGUCACUUCGAUGCCGCCGCGAAGUGGCCCGGGAUGAUCCACGAGCCCCUGGACCAGGGGAACUGCGCGGGCUCCUGGGCCUUCUCCACGGCCGCCGUAGCCUCGGACCGCAUCUCCAUCCACUCCAUGGGCCACAUGACCCCCGCGCUGUCGCCGCAAAACCUCCUGUCCUGUGACACCCGCAACCAGCGCGGCUGCAGCGGGGGGCGCCUGGACGGAGCCUGGUGGUACCUGCGCAGGAGGGGGGUGGUGACAGACGAGUGCUACCCGUUCACGAGCCAGCAGAGCCCGCCGGCGGCUCCGCCCUGCAUGAUGCACAGCCGCUCCACGGGCCGGGGCAAGCGACAGGCGACAGCGCGCUGCCCCAACCCCCAGACCCACUCCAACGAGAUCUACCAGUCCACCCCCGCCUACCGCCUCUCCUCCAGCGAGAAGGAGAUCAUGAAGGAGCUGCUGGAGAACGGCCCCGUGCAAGCCAUCCUGGAGGUGCACGAGGAUUUCUUCAUGUACAAGAGCGGGAUCUAUCGGCACACGCCCGUGGCCGAGGGGAAGGGGCCGAAGCACCAGAGGCACGGGACCCACUCGGUGAAAAUCACCGGGUGGGGAGAGGAGCAGCUGCCUGAUGGCCAGACCCAAAAAUACUGGACGGCGGCCAACUCGUGGGGCACGGCGUGGGGCGAGGGCGGCCACUUUCGCAUCGCCCGCGGCGUCAACGAGUGCGAGGUGGAGACUUUCGUGGUGGGGGUGUGGGGCCGCGUCAGCAUGGAGGACAUGCCCCACAAGUGAGCCCCCCGAUGUCCCUGUGUCCCCAGCGCGGCCCCGCUCAGCUCACAGCACGCUGGGGAGGCGGCUGGCGCUGUCCCCCGUGUCCCCAUGGCCGGGGGCUGCGUGUUCCCCGUGUCCCCAUGGCUAGGGGCUGGCGCUGUCCCCUGUGUCCCCAUGGCCGGGGGCUGGCGCUGUCCCCCGUGUCCCCAUGGCCGGGGGCUGGCGCUGUCCCCUGUGUCCCCAUGGCUAGGGGCUGGCGCUGUCCCCUGUGUCCCCAUGGCCGGGGGCUGCGUGUCCCCUGUGUCCCCAUGCCAGGGGCUGCGUGUCCCCUGUGUCCCCCGGCCAGGGGCUGCGUGUCCCCUGUGUCCCCUGGCCGGGGGCUGUGUGUCCCCCGUGUCCCCAUGGCCGGGGGCUGGCGCUGUCCCCUGUGUCCCCCCGGCCGGGGGCUGGCGCUGUCCCCCGUGUCCCCAUGGCUAGGGGCUGGCGCUGUCCCCUGUGUCCCCCGGCCGGGGGCUGCGUGUCCCCCUGUGUCCCCAUGGCCGGGGGCUGUGUGUCCCCUGUGUCCCCUGGCCGGGGGCUGCGUGUCCCCGCUGUGCUGACUCAGCGGCUGAGGGCAGUGGGGCGUGCGAGGGGGGUGCCCCGGGGGCUGCUCCCGUCUCCCAUGGGAUUUACCCGCUAAUCCCCCCGCCCCGGGCUCGGCUGGGCUGCGCUGCCGGCAGGGGGCUCUUCAAAGGCAGCUGCACCCCCCUCCCCAUCCCGGCUGGGGUUGUGGGAUUCCCCCUCCCCUUUUCCCAGUGGGGGGACCCCCAUAUUCCUGCCCCUCCCGUCCUGGCUCCAGCAGCUCCCCCCAGCAGGGCAGCGCUGGAGCUGGGGGGUGAAAUAACCCAGCGGGGGGGUCCCCUGAGCCCCCAGGGCUGGUGUCGCCAGGAUGGGGUCCCCACCGUCCCCCCCCCCCCGCCCGUCCCUAUGGUGCUAUGGCCCUGCCACCCCCCUGGGGGACAGCAGGGACAAGGGAGGGCUCAGCCCCGUGGUGUCCCCGUCCUGGGGGGGGCCACAAGUGGGGUCCACGCAGCCAGCACAGCCCGGGACCUCCCCCCUCCACCCCAACCCAAGGGCUGUACUUUUAAGACUUUUUUUUUGUAUUUAUUUUGCUUUUUAUUGUUUGUAAAUAAAGUUAUGGAAGCCUCAGA